UGCUCUUUAAUUGCACUUAUCAGCUCAUAUUUCUGUGUUCAGUGUGAAGUCCAGUUUCAUCACCGCUGUUUAUUUUGGAUGUUAGCAAAGGCCAGCAAACCAGUUAUGUUUGCUCAUUGUCUUUACACUAUAUACAGUUGUCACCACAAGUGUUUUUGUUCCCUCCUUAUCAUGUGACAGUUUCCUUUGGAGAAGUGAUAUAGAUGUUGUCAUUGCAUUCUAUAAAUCUUCUGACAACUGUCUGUCCAUGGUGAAUGGGACGUGCAUUAGUGAAAGGCAAAAGCGGCUUUGUUUCCAGCUUUAGCAGCAGGGUUUUCACCAGAUGGUUCUGAUCAACACUUGGACUGGAGCUGUGUAGACCACCAGAGAAUACUAGAGCAGGACCAAGACCUCCUCAGAAGCAGCUGGUCUGGACGACCGGCCCAUUCCCAUCAUCGAAGGACAUCCGUCAGUCCAGACCGCACCAGGAGCCUCUCUUUGGAGAAUGAGCCACCUGUGACUUUCCUGGUCCGCAGCGCUGCCCUGGAAGACCUGACAUCUGUUGGGGAGAGGAUUGUAGAAGCCAGAGCUCCUUACAGCGAAACCCUUCAGGAAGAGGAAGAAAUGUCUUUUUACAGCAAUGAGAGCCAUGUUGAAGAAGAAAAGCUUCCGGCAUGGGCCAGCAGGGCUCAGACAACUCUCACUGAAUAUACACCUUCUGAAACCAAAGAACAGAGUUUUACAAAAACUCUACCUCAUGAACCCAUUGAAGCAAUGGGCAAAGUGCAGGAGAAAGUUGAUGCUACGUUUUCAGGGGGUAAUCACAACGUUAUAGUUACCGCCAAAGAUGCAGAGACCAAAAAGACAGAAGCCACUCCUUCCUCUACAAGCACAAUUGGCUCUUCAAAAGGUGUCCACGUCUCCCCGGCAAGAAAAUCCCGGGUGCCGGUGGCUCAGUUCAAAGCUCAGUCCAAGACCAAUGGUGAUGCAGAGAAGAGGGCUAGCAGUAGACCUCAUGCUGCCGGUUCAAAGAUUCCUGCCAUGUCUGCAGUUGCCAAAAAUGGAAAAGACUCUCCAAAGGCCCCGGAGACCAGUGGGCACAGCAGCCCCGGCACUCUCAAAUCCCCUGCCAGCAACGCUGCGGGAGGCAGGUCUCCAAGCACAGGAAAUGAAAUCAAGAAGAUCGCAGUGAUUCGCUCGACCCCUAAGUCUCCGAAGAACCGCUCACCCACUUCACUUUCGGCCACUGCCCCCCUCCCUGAUCUGAAGAACAUACGCUCCAAAGUCGGCUCCACUGACAACUUGAAGCACCAGCCUGGAGGCGGCCAGGUACAAAUUCUUGAUCAGAAGGUGGAUUUCAGUAAUGUUCAGUCUAAGUGUGGCUCCAAAGCAAACCUCAGGCAUGUACCAGGAGGUGGCAAUAUUCAAAUUCUCGAUCAGAAGUUGGACUUAAGUAAUGUGCAGUCUAGGUGUGGUUCCAAAGAUAAUAUGAAACAUGUACCCGGAGGUGGAAAAGUGCAAAUCCUCCACAAAAAGAUUGACCUGACCAAUGUGCAGUCAAAGUGUGGAUCGAAAGACAACAUUCGCCACAAACCAGGUGGAGGAAACAUUGAGAUCAGGUCUGAGAAGCUUGAAUUCAGGGCUCAGUCAAAGAUCGGAUCUAUGGACAACAUUAAACACACACCUGGAGGAGGCAGCAGGAGGAUUGAGUCACACAAACUGAUGUUUCGUGAGCAGGCCAAAGCGCGAACCGACCAUGGUGCAGAAAUCGUGUCUCUAGAGGAGUCACCACAUGGCCUGAGCACCGUCUCUUCUUCUGGCAGUAUCAACAUGGCAGACCCCCCGCAGCUUUCCACCCUCGCUGACCAGGUGUCUGCAUCGCUGGCCAAGCAGGGCUUGUGAUUGGACCAUACUGCCACCAAACCCCGCCCCCUCCCGACCACAUACCUGAUGGUAUUCUAACCUCUCUCUGAAAGUCAUUUUGUGGCCCAGAAAACAACGCCAAGUAACUUUUAGCACUCACUGUUCGUGCUACUUAAGAUUCAUUAUAGGCCAAUGAAGCUGUUUGAACUGUGAAUUAUGUAUGAAUUUGCCUGUUCACUUGCCCUUCGCUUUAAGGCAUUGCCCACAGUUGGAAUUAAAUAAUUGGAAAUUUCCUCCAACCACCCUCCCUUGACUAUAUUUAGUAGCACAAAAUUAAUUUAAUGUAUUUGAAUGGCUUUUAUUGACAAUUAUAUAUUUUUUUAGACAUGCCAUUUUUUGGUUACUAGUGGAUUUAGGAGAGUUCAUACCGAACCCAUUUUCACUUUCAGAUAGGACUGUUCUCAUUUUUAAAUCAGG